AUGAGCACGGGGGGGGAUGGGGGCUCGGCGUUGGGCCCGUCUGCCCGGUUGCUGGGGACCCAGCCGACUGCCGCGACCCCCCUCACCGCAACCCCCCCCAUCGUCGGCCAGCAGACAAUUAUUGGCGGCGGCCUGCCGGAUGCGACGCAUUUGGCGAACGCAAAUCAUCAGCCGCCACCCCCGCAGUCGCAAGCAGGUGGACCUGGAGGUGCCACUGGAGCAGCAUCCAAGUCGGCACAAAAGAGACCCGUCCGACGAGGCAAACCGCCACCUGACAGACCUGUCCGAGCGCUUUUCUGUCUGACCCUCACAAAUCCUCUUAGGAAGAUGUGCAUCAGUGUCGUGGAGUGGAAACCCUUCGAAUGGCUCAUCCUUAUGACGAUAUUUGCGAAUUGCGUUGCUCUGGCCGUUUACACGCCGUAUCCCUACGGCGAUUCCAAUUUGACCAACCAGAUCUUGGAGAAGAUAGAGUACGUUUUUCUUGUGAUUUUUACGGUAGAAUGCGUGAUGAAAAUCAUAUCUUACGGCUUCGUCGCCCACGCGGGAGCGUACCUCCGCAACGGCUGGAACCUGCUGGAUUUCACGAUAGUCGUUAUCGGAAUGAUAAGCACGGUGCUGACAACAUUUAUGAAAGAGGGUUUCGACGUCAAGGCCUUAAGGGCGUUUCGUGUUCUGCGUCCUCUCAGGCUGGUUUCCGGUGUUCCAAGUCUUCAGGUGGUCCUAAACUCUAUUUUGAGGGCGAUGGUACCACUUUUGCACAUUGCUUUAUUAGUUCUCUUCGUCAUCAUCAUUUACGCCAUCAUCGGCCUCGAGUUGUUCUCCGGAAAGAUGCACAAAACUUGCAGGCACAAUUUAACUGACGAGAUAAUGGACGAACCGCAUCCCUGCGGCCCGGGGGGCUAUCAAUGCUCUCGAAUCUCGCCCGAGUACUACUGCAGUAAUCAGUUUUGGGAAGGACCUAAUUUCGGCAUCACGAAUUUCGAUAACUUCGGAUUGGCUAUGCUCACGGUCUUCCAAUGCGUCACCCUCGAGGGCUGGACGGACGUACUUUACAAUAUCGAGGAUGCAAUGGGAAGCACGUGGCAGUGGAUUUAUUUCAUCUCGAUGGUCAUCCUCGGAGCUUUCUUCGUGAUGAAUCUCAUUCUCGGUGUGUUGUCCGGCGAAUUCUCCAAGGAGAGAGAGAAAGCAAAGGCGCGCGGUGACUUUCACAAGCUCAGGGAAAAGCAACAGAUCGAGGACGAUCUCAGGGGUUAUCUCGAUUGGAUCACGCAAGCCGAGGACAUCGAGCCGGAGACUGACGAGCCGAAGCAGGAUGGGAAAACCAAGCAACAAAACGAAAUAGAGAGCACGGAUCAGUUGGAGGGCGACGAGGAGGGAAUCCAGCAGGAGUCCGUUUGGAAGAAGAAGAAAAGGGACUUGGACAGAGUGAACAGACGAUUGAGAAGAGCCUGCAGAAAGGCCGUAAAGUCCCAGGUCUUCUAUUGGCUCAUCAUAGUUCUGGUUUUCUUGAAUACCGGUGUUCUCGCCUCGGAGCACUACAAUCAGCCGCACUGGUUGGACGAAUUUCAAGAGAUCACGAACAUGUUUUUCAUCGUGCUGUUCUCCAUGGAGAUGAUGUUAAAAAUGUACAGUUUAGGCUUUCAGGGUUACUUCGUCUCGUUGUUUAAUCGUUUCGAUUGUUUCGUCGUGAUCGGCUCGAUCACCGAAAUGAUACUUACAAAUACACAUGUGAUGCCGCCUCUUGGCGUUUCCGUACUCCGUUGCGUUCGGCUGCUCAGGGUAUUCAAAGUAACAAAGUAUUGGAGAUCACUGUCGAAUUUAGUGGCCUCUUUACUGAAUUCAAUACAAUCGAUUGCCUCGCUGCUGCUCCUGCUUUUCCUAUUCAUCGUUAUCUUCGCUCUUCUGGGCAUGCAGGUCUUCGGUGGAAAAUUCAAUUUCAGCGACAAUGAGGAAAAAACACGUCACAAUUUUGACAGCUUCUGGCAAAGCUUGCUCACCGUUUUUCAGAUAUUAACCGGCGAGGAUUGGAACGUUGUGAUGUACGUCGGGAUUCGAGCUUACGGCGGCGUCGCCAGUAUCGGCGUGCUCGCGUGCGUUUACUUCAUCAUUCUUUUCAUAUGCGGCAAUUAUAUCCUUUUGAACGUAUUCUUGGCUAUCGCCGUCGACAAUCUCGCCGAUGCCGAGUCUCUAACUGCCAUCGAGAAGGAAGCUGAAGAAGAGGCGGAGAAAAACAAAUCUCACAGCGGUUCGCCAGCGAGGGAAGUCAGCGGCGAAGCCGGUGACGGCGGCGAGGGCAUCGGAGGAGAGGACGAAGGCGGUGGUACAGAUCUCGAACAUGACCCUAACGAGACAAUGGAGGACUAUGAAGCCGCACUCGAUACCGAAACAUCGGAGAAGAGCGAAGACAUGAACACACACAAAGUACGACUCAACGUCGAGUCCGACGAAGAAAUAGAAGAGGAGGAGGAGGAGGAGUGCGAGCACGGGGAGAUGCAAGAUAACGGACAAGAAGUGACUGCUAGACCACGAAGACUGUCCGAAUAUAACAUGGCCACCAAAAAGGAACCGAUACCGGCCGGUUCAGCAUUCUUUAUUUUUUCGAGCACCAAUAGGUUCCGCGUGUUCUGUCAUUGGUUUUGCAAUCACAGUUACUUCAGCAACGUGAUAUUGGUCUGCAUUAUGAUUUCCUCCGCGAUGUUGGCCGCUGAGGAUCCACUGAAUGCCUUGUCGCCCAGAAAUCAGAUGUUGACUAACUUCGAUUACUUCUUCACUACUGUCUUCACGAUCGAGAUCUGCCUCAAGAUGAUCUCGUACGGCUUCAUCAUUCACGACGGCGCGUUUUGUCGUUCGGCUUUCAAUCUGCUCGAUCUUCUUGUCGUUUGCGCUUCUCUCAUUUCUAUGACCGUCAAACCUGGUGCAUUUUCCUUCAUUAAAGUGCUCCGUGUGCUUCGCGUACUGAGACCGCUGCGUGCCAUCAAUCGCGCCAAGGGACUAAAGCACGUAGUACAGUGCGUCAUCGUAGCGGUAAAGACUAUCGGAAACAUAGUCCUCGUCACCAGCCUCCUGCAGUUCGUGUUCGCCGUCAUUGGCGUACAGCUCUUCAAGGGAAAGUUCUUCUAUUGUACCGACGCGUCGAAAAUGACGAAGAACGAGUGCCAGGGUACUUAUUUGGAAUUCGAGGACGGCAAUAUCAAUAGACCGGUUGUGAAGACUAGAGAGUGGCUCCAACAAAAGUUCCACUUUGAUAACGUUUACAAAGCAAUGCUAACUCUCUUCACGGUCUCGACGUUCGAAGGUUGGCCAUCGCUGUUAGAGUGGUCGAUCGAUUCUAAUGACGAGAAUCAAGGACCAAUUCAUAACUUUCGGCCGAUUGUGGCCGCCUACUACAUCAUCUACAUCAUCAUCAUCGCGUUUUUCAUGGUGAACAUCUUCGUCGGUUUCGUUAUCGUUACCUUCCAAAACGAAGGCGAGCAAGAGUACAAAAACUGCGAACUCGAUAAGAAUCAGAGAAACUGUAUCGAAUUCGCGCUGAAAGCCAAACCAGUGCGACGAUAUAUACCGAAGCAUCGAAUACAGUACAAAGUCUGGUGGUUCGUCACCUCACAGCCGUUUGAGUACACGAUAUUCACGUUAAUUAUGAUUAAUACCGUGACGCUCGCGAUGAAGUUCUACCGACAACCGGAGGUUUACACAAACGCUCUGGACGUUCUCAACAUGAUCUUCACCGCCGUGUUUGCGCUGGAAUUCGUGUUCAAGUUAGCCGCGUUUCGAUUUAAGAAUUACUUCGGCGAUGCGUGGAACGUCUUCGACUUUAUUAUCGUGCUUGGGAGUUUCAUCGAUAUUGUUUACUCGGAAGUUAACCCCGGAUCCUCCAUCAUUUCCAUCAAUUUCUUCAGACUGUUUCGCGUAAUGCGAUUAGUCAAGCUCCUGAGCAGAGGGGAGGGCAUUCGGACGCUUUUAUGGACGUUUAUCAAGUCGUUUCAGGCACUGCCCUACGUCGCCCUUCUCAUUAUAAUGCUCUUCUUCAUUUACGCUGUGAUAGGCAUGCAAGUUUUCGGGAAGAUCGCGAUAAACGAUGAAACAUCAAUAAAUCGCAAUAAUAACUUUCAAUCCUUUCCGCAAGCCGUGUUGGUUUUGUUUAGGUCAGCCACAGGCGAGGCGUGGCAGGAAAUCAUGAUGGCUUGCUCGUCGAGCCCGGAUGUUGAGUGCGACGAUAACAGCGACGAAGUUGGCAAUCCAGUCGGUUGUGGUUCGGACAUUGCAUUUCCCUACUUCAUAUCUUUCUACGUGCUCUGCUCAUUUCUCAUCAUCAACCUGUUCGUCGCCGUUAUCAUGGACAAUUUCGAUUAUUUGACGAGAGACUGGUCGAUUCUCGGACCGCAUCACUUGGACGAGUUUAUUCGUCUCUGGUCCGAAUACGAUCCCGACGCAAAGGGACGUAUUAAACAUCUCGACGUGGUGGCAUUACUGAGGAAGAUAUCGCCGCCUUUAGGUUUCGGAAAGCUGUGUCCUCACAGAGUAGCUUGCACGAAACUCGUCACGAUGAACAUGCCAUUGAACAGCGACGGCACCGUGUUGUUCAACGCGACGUUGUUCGCCGUCGUCAGAACGUCGUUGAAGAUCAAGACCGAGGGAAACAUCGACGACGCCAACGCCGAGCUUAGGGCGGUAAUUAAAAAAAUUUGGAAGAGAACCAGUCCGAAACUUCUGGAUCAGGUUGUUCCACCUCCCGGAGGAAAAGACGAGGUGACAGUCGGCAAAUUUUACGCGACCUUCCUCAUUCAGGAUUAUUUCCGUCGGUUCAAGAAACGCAAGGAACAGUCAGCGAAGGAUGGCGACAGAGAGUGUCAAAACACGGUAACUCUUCAGGCCGGGUUGAGAACAUUACACGAGGCCGGUCCCGAAUUGAAACGCGCAAUUUCCGGCAAUCUAGAGGAACUUCUUGACGACAAUCCGGAACCUAUGCACAGGAGAAACCACUCGCUCUUCGGCAGCGUGUGGUCCAGCAUGCGAAAAGGACACAGUUUUCACCGAGCGAGGUCGUUAAAAGUCAAUUCCACCACUGCGAAGGUUUCCCCGACCAAUUCCAUAGACUUUCUGCCGUACGCUUCGUUACGAAGAACCGGCAUCCCGGAUGUCACUAAUCAAAUUAUUCACCAAGCUCUGCCAAAUGCAGCGAGUGGUCUGAGCGACGGCGCAAUAAAUCAAACGGGAAUGGAUCCUCGGUUAAGAAUUCACGGUAUCGAGGAAAACAUACCUCUGAGGCCGCUUGCUGCCUUCGGCAAUCCGAUGCAACAGAUAUCUUACAUGGGCGCGUACAAAGUAAUCGAUCUUCAGGACGGAAUCGAGCGGCAGUUGACACCACCCACACCUCCGCCGCGACGGAAUCCACCACCCUCGUCCAACGGUACCCCGAGCACCGGUACCGCUCACACCUCCGCAGCAACGGCAGCACCAACAGCAUCAGCAUCGGCAAGCGCAGCAAGCACGACGAGCGGAUCGAGCGUCGCGACGACGACGAUCACCGCGUCGUGCACCGCGAGCGCGAACACCUCGACUACCGCGACGAGCUCAAGCCCCGCUUCCUCGUCCAACGACACGAACUGUUACUAUACCUACGCGUCACGGGGUUGCUGUGCCGAUUGCGCAGUCUGGAGCAAUCACGCCGUAGACGAUUGUGACGACGAGGACACGUCAACGGGAAGCGGAUCGAGCGAUUCCGGCAGGUGGAACCCGCACUCGGAGGGUGGCGUGGCGCGCGGUACGACGGGAAAGCCCCACGUUACCGUGCUGGGUGGCCGUUCGUCGAAACGCCGAUCGCGGGGUCGUCGCGACCCCGCGACCGCCGGCGGCAAAUCGGCUCCGGCGAGUUUCCGAUCGCGCGACGCACCAAGCCAGUCGGGCACCCGCACCAUCGCCAACGGCCUGAAAAUGGCGCAAAACCAGGCGAUUGCCGUGGCGGGUUUCCUCGCCGAUGUCGAUUCGCGACAAUGGCGCGUCUGCGCUUCCUGCUUAUCGCACCGAGCGUCCUACCACGGCAGAGAGCGCCUGUCCCACAGUAUGCCUGGUAGUCCCGCGGACCGAAAGCCGAACUUUGAGGUCAUCGGAAGUGCGGAAAGCCUCGUCGGUCGGGUCUUAGUGGAACAAGGUCUGGGCAAGUAUUGCGACCCGGAUUUCGUACGAUACACGUCACGCGAGAUGCAGGAAGCGUUAGACAUGACGCGCGAAGAGAUGGACCGGGCCGCUCAUCAGCUGCUCCUGCAAGAGCGGCGUGGCCAACCGUUGUCCUAUCAGCUGCAACAGAGCACGGAGCAGCAACAGCAGCAGCAGCAGCAGCAGCAACAGCAACAACAACAACAACAGCAGCAGCAACAGCCGUGGAGCGGCCAGCACCAAACUACGAGCGGCAUCGGUUACCAGCCUCUGCAGGAGCAACCAUCGAGCGCCCAGCCGGUCUAUCACCAGUUACAACAAUCCUCAAGUUACCGUCGUCGCGACAGCAACCGACAGCAACAACAGCAGCAGCGGCAACCGCCGUCCUAGCAGGACGAGAAGCCACUCGCGACGCGAACAUCUUCCACGUAACCCGGAAAACUCCCCCGGAUUCUCCCGGGAAGGCAGUCGCCGAAAAAUCGAGAUCGUCAGUUACAUGAAGUAACUCGAAAAUCACCCUGCGAAGAAUUCAAAUCGAUCGAAUUUGAUGGAUUCGGCAUCGCGCACGGGAUUUCGAUCGUCGUUGUUUUUGUUGUUAUAAAAAAAAAGAACACUUUUGAACUGUUUCCGAAAAAUACGUAUAGCUGUAUAGUUAGGCGCAAUUUCAGAGGUGCUACUCGAGACGAAACACUGGCUUAGUUUAGAAAAGAAUGAAAAAAAAAAAAAAAAAAAAUUAUACAAAACAAAGUUGUGACAAAGAGCAAUUGCUCGUUAUAUAGGAUGUUCGUCCUUUGGUACGCAGCAAUGAACGUGUAUUUUCGUUCAACCGAAUAUUUUCUAGACGAGCGCGUGAGUGUUUAUUCGACAUUUUGGAUAUUAUAAGUCUAUAUAGUAAGUCACUCUCUGAUUCCUAACUCGACUCGAUAUUUUUAGUGAGGUUCGCGCGAGUUUCGAUCAAGCAGGACAAAUUGAUUUUGCUGAUCGUUCAGGCACAAAGAUACGUAUAGACUUUUAGGGUAUAAUUUAUAGCCCGCGGAGAAACUUUGUCACGACGCUAAACUUCGCUCUUUGUAUUAUUAAAAUCGACGGAGCAUUUUGAUACACCCGGACUUCUGGAUGAAAUUGAGUUUAUUUCUAGAAACUAUCUUCCAGUGAUUUAUUAUUGUCUCCGCGUUUAACGGAUUUUUGAUUAUCGAGUUUUAUUGGGUUCGUUCUAAUAUGAAGGACAAUACUCUGUGUAUAGUGCGUUGUAAAAAGCAGACGAAUUUAAAAAAAAAAGAUGAAUAUUUUUAUUUUGAAACUUCAAAUUUCUAGUUUGUUAUUUUGUUCUCUCAAAAGUUUUCAAGUUCUCACCAAAUUUCAGAUACUGAUAAUUAUGAUCAAAAAGUAGAAAAAUAAAUUCUUUCUUUUUCUCAAAAUUAAAAUUUAUUAAUUUUUUACAUUGCUUAUA